AUGCAUGACCACUACCCUUGGGAAGCUAGUAACGUAGAAAAACAAGAAACUAAAACGGCAUUUGAUGAUGCGGUUGUAAUUACUGCUCACGGUUAUGACAAGAAGUUUAUUGAAGACUUUGAACAACGAUUUAAUAAAAUGACUGGAAUUAUCAGCAGCUAUGUAAUAUUAAGAAUUUAA